AUGGUAGCUUGGGCAGCUUUAGGCGCAAUGGGAACAAAAGCAUUAGCAUUUGGAGCAAAAGCACUUGGAGCUUAUGACGCAGUAAAUAAAAUGAGUGGAGGAAGGGUUUCGAAGACAUUAGAUGCAAAUAAAGGGAAGAUUGGAGGCUGGGUUGCAAAGAAGUUAAGAUUAAAUAAAAUAGGGCUCAUAAAUAAAGCAUCCAAUUUGGUUGCGACUGAGUCAGAAAAUGCUUUAGGAAAGGACGAUGAGUUUGCAAAACACGCAAAAGACUUUAAUGACCAG